GCUUAUUACAUUGCUUCGCCACCCGCCAUUACAACAAGAGAAGAAGAACAAAACGGAAACUACGCAAUUUUCGCGCGAAAAGUUGUCCUCGGUAGUUGAUCGCCGUCUGGAGAGUUUCUGUAAUAUCUUCCUUCUUUCGAUGCUGGUUUUAAAUCAAAGCAGAUAAACGGACACGCGCAGAGGUUUUCUUUUAGUACUAUUGAUUAUAUUACUGACUGCAUUGGUGUACCCGAGCUCGUGCUGCAGUUAACGAGGAAACAGGAUGAAGUAUUUCACCAGGCUGAGAGUCCGAAGAGUGUACAAGUGGCGUGGAGAGCCUCUAAGUUUCAACAGGAAGCUAAAAACUUAUGAAUAUGGCUCCUUGGAAAUCCGUGUGGAGGGUCUCCCGAGGACCACGGUCAUCAGCACGGGCCAACACAUCCUCAUCGAGGGCGAGGACGAGGACAACCCCUACGUGGCCAAGGUCGUCCGUCUCUACGGCGACGAGAGCGGGAGGCAGAAGAAGGCGCUGGUUCAGUGGUUCGUCCGGGUGUUCGAGGUGCCCUUGAGCAAGCGGAGGCUGCUGGGCAGAGAGCCCCACCCCCAGGAGAUCUUCUACUACCGGGGACGCAGCUGCGACGACGAGGUGGACGCCGAGUCCAUCCUCAGGCCCGUGCAGUGCUCCCCGCCGGCGCCCCGGGGCUCCGCUCGGCGCGCCCUGCCGACCCCGGACUUCGCCGUCAUGCGGCGGGCCGCGGGGGGGGAGGCGGAGCCCGGCCGGGCCACCUUGAGCGCCAGGAGGGCCGGCGCCGCCGAGGCGGAGUCGCGGCACUCUGCGACCAAACUGUCGGCGUCGAAGUGUCUGAGCAGCCGGAGGAGGACCGCCUCGGCCCGGACGCCCGGCGUCCGCAAGAAGCUGGAGCUCAGCAGUCCUGAGAAGACCUUCAUGAUCCGCGACGACGUCCUGACCCAGCUGCUGCAGGAGGAGCUGGAGGCCGACGUCAUGUUGGCUCAAAGACUGUCGGCCUCCCCCCCGCAGGCGCUGCCCCCCCCCCACACCCUCACCCACACCCCCGCCAGGAAGACCCACCAAGCCGCUGCUUUCCCCCUGAAGCCCUCCGCCGUCAAGCUCGCCAGACUCCCCGAGGCGGACAGCCCUCUGCCGUCUGCCGGACGCGACUCCACCAGAGCCUCCACUCCUUCUCGGAGACCAGAACAGAAAACCCAGAAGGAGCCGGCCCUGGGAGUGCUCGAGGUCACCGUUUGCUGCGUCUCACCUGGUUCGGGCCUCCUCCAGGACGUUGGCGGGCUGUCGGGCCGGCAGCGACCUGCUGGGGAUGCUGGGAGUGGCGCCAUGAGGAGUCCGUGGCGUGCCGGGUGUGACCUGUCCAAACAGGAAACAGUUAAACGAGACAAAGAGCGAGUUCUCCGCCCGGAGCGAGGAGUCGCUGCAGACGCUCGGCGGCUCUUCUUCCCAAAUACCUCGUCCUCGUCGCUAUCUGCCUCUUCUUCAUCAUCCUCAUCAUCGUCGCUGCUCUGGAGCUCCUUCCUUGAGGGGACGAACUCGUCCUCGUCCUCUCCGUCCGAGUUCAGGUCCGGCUGGUUGUCCAGAAGGAUCCUGCUCAGACACGAAGAGACAUCAGAAUCCGCUUUAUCGGCCAGGUGUAUGUACAUCUCCGGUGUUCCCGGGACCGGUAAGACGGCCACAGUCCACGAGGUGAUGCGCUGUCUGCAGCACGCGGCCGACGUGGACGAGAUCCCUCCUUUCCACUUCGUAGAGAUCAACGGGAUGAAGAUGACGGAUCCUCAUCAGGCCUACGUCCAGAUCCUGCAGAAGCUGACGGGUCAGAAGGCGACAGCCGACCACGCGGCGGCGCUGCUGGAGAAGAGAUUCAGCAACGCGGCUCCCAGGAAGGAGACCACGGUGCUGCUGGUGGACGAAUUGGACCUGCUGUGGACCAGGAAGCAGAACGUCAUGUACAACCUGUUUGAUUGGCCGACGCGGCGCCACGCCCGCCUGGUGGUGCUGACCAUCGCCAACACCAUGGACCUGCCCGAGAGGAUCAUGAUCAACCGCGUGGCCAGCAGGCUGGGUCUGACCCGGAUGUCGUUCCAGCCGUACAGCUUCAAGCAGCUGCAGCAGAUCAUCAUGUCGCGCCUCAACAAGGUGAAGGCCUUCGAGCAGGACGCCCUGCAGCUGGUGUCCAGGAAGGUGGCAGCUCUGUCGGGCGACGCUCGCCGGUGUCUGGACAUCUGUCGCCGGGCGACGGAGAUCUGUGAGCACUCUGCCGCCGACCCCUCCGCCUCAGGAUUGGUGGGAAUGAGUCACGUGAUGGAGGCGCUGGACGAGAUGUUUUCCUCCGCCUACAUCACCGCCAUUAAGUGCGCGUCGGUGCAGGAGCAGCUCUUCCUCAGGGCCGUCAUCGCGGAGUUUCGGCGGCUGGGAUUGGAGGAGGCCACGUUCCAACAGGUGUUUGUGCAGCACCAGGCUCUGUGCCGGGUGGAGGGUCUGCAGCCCGUCAGCGUGUCGGAGGGUCUGGCCGUGUGCCAGCGUCUGGGAGCCUGCAGGUUACUGCUGCUGGAGCCCAGCCGCCUCGGGGUCCUGCAGCGGGUCCGCCUCAACGUCAGCCAGGACGACGUGCUCUUCGCCCUGAAGGCCGACUGAAGGAGGAUCCUCUCUCAGGACUCGAUUUAUCUGAACCGUUCAACCUGAGUUAUACACACUGAAAUGUCAGAUUUUUAAAACUUUAGACUGAAAUUACACAGGAGAAAAUUUGGAGUCUAAAGUUUUUUUUUAUCUGUCCCCAGUUUAAAAUGAGAUUUUUCUCUUUCUGGGAUUAUUUUUAAAAUUGUAUAGUGUAUCUUAUUUUUAUUUUAAUGUUUCAAUAUAUAUGCAAUAAAACCCUGUCUUUAAUAUGAA